CCUGUCUUCGACGCGUUCUGCACCGAGCGAGCAGGCAAGCAAACUGCAGCCAGCUGGGGCAGAGAGAGAGAGAGAGGCAGAGAGAGCGGCAAACAACAUGACAGCACCGAGCAACACAUACGAUGUAAUAGUGGUCGGGGGAGGAAUAUCAGGGUUAAGUGCAGCCAAGCUGUUGAAGGCGAGUGGGCUGAAGCCUGUGGUUCUGGAGGCCAGAGACCGAGUUGGAGGGCGGACCUUCACUGUUCGGAAUAAGGAGACCACGUAUGUGGACCUGGGCGGGGCUUAUAUCGGGCCCACUCAGAACCGCAUCCUCCGAUUGGCCAAGGAAUACAAUGUCAAAACCUAUAAAGUCAACGAGGAAGAGAGUCUGGUGCACUAUGUCAAGGGGAAGUCAUACCCAUUCAAGGGCUCCUUCCCACCCAUGUGGAACCCCUUUGCCCUCAUGGACUACAACAACCUGUGGAGGAAGAUGGAUGAGAUGGGUGCAGAGAUCCCCAGAGAGGCUCCCUGGAGGGCUCCCCAUGCUGAGGAGUGGGACAAGAUGACAAUGAAGCAGCUCUUUGACAAGACCUGCUGGACCGGUUCGGCCCGGCGCUUCGCCACCUUGUUUGUGAACGUGAACGUGACCUCGGAGCCCCACGAGGUGUCGGCGCUUUGGUUCCUCUGGUACGUCAAGCAGUGUGGAGGAACCAUGAGGAUCUUCUCUACCACCAAUGGAGGACAGGAGAGAAAAUUUGUGGGCGGCUCAAGCCAGAUCAGCGAGUGUAUGGCUGAGGAGCUGGGAGACCUGGUGAAGUUGGAGUCUCCGGUGUACAGCGUUGACCAGACCGGAGACAAAGUCGUGGUUGAGACACUUAACAAGGAAACAUACAAGGCCAAGUAUGUGAUCCUGGCCACACCCCCUGGUCUGAACAUGAAGAUGCACUUUAACCCCGAGAUGCCCCCUCUCAGGAACCAGCUGAUCAGCCGUGUGCCCAUGGGCAGUGUGAUCAAGUGCAUGGUGUACUACAGAGAGAACUUCUGGAGGAAGAAGGGGUACUGUGGCAGCAUGGUGAUUGAGGAGGAGGAGGCUCCAAUUGGCCUGACCCUAGAUGACACCAAGCCUGAUGGGACUGUGCCUGCCAUUAUGGGAUUCAUCCUGGCCCGCAAGUGCAGGAGGCUAGCAGGCCUGACCAAAGAGGAGAGGAAGAAGAGGAUCUGUGAGAUCUACUCCAGAGUGCUGGGCUCAGAGGAGGCGCUGCACCCUGUCCACUAUGAGGAGAAGAACUGGUGUGAGGAGGAGUACUCUGGAGGAUGCUACACCGCCUACUUCCCUCCUGGGAUCCUCACCCAGUAUGGCAGGGUUCUGAGAGAGCCAAUUGGACGGCUGUACUUUGCAGGCACAGAGACGGCCACAGAGUGGAGUGGGUACAUGGAGGGGGCCAUCCAGGCCGGCGAGAGGGCCGCCCGUGAGAUCAUGUGUGCGAUGGGAAAAAUCCCUGCAAGUCAGAUCUGGCAACCCGAGCCUGAGUCUAUUGAAGUUCCAGCCCACCCGUUCGUGACAACAUUUUGGGAGCGAAAUCUUCCGUCGGUGGGCGGGUUCCUCAAGUUCGUGGGCAUUUCUUCCAUCCUCUCCUUUGCCACGGCAGCCGGGCUGACGGCCUAUAAGAAGGGGCUCCUGUCCAGAAGUUAAACCUGGACCCCUCCCAUCAUCCUCCUUUCGAGCAUCUUUGACGACACAGCCCUUCCCCAGUAGCGCACUUCUCACCGCAGCCCCAGGUUCAACACAUUGUCCCAUAGGAGGCUGAGGUAGAGCUGGUGCCCUCUGUGGGGAACGGGCUGUCAGCAACCCUACAUGCCAUGUAAAAGACUGUUAAGCUCUACACACACCUCUAGCCAUUGUUAUGGAUACACCAUGACGCCAUCUCCCCUGACCAGACCAGGCCUUGCAACUUAACGUACUCCAUUUUCCGUUCCAGUGAUGUGAUACAGUGACGACAUUUGUAACAUCUCACAGGUCUGUAACGUCUGUGUGAUGGCAGGUUAGAAUAUUGUUGAUAUGUGUUGAAAAGGGGUUGUCUUAAAGAGAUGCGUUUGUGGGGGAGAAGAAAAGAAAUGCUUGUGAGUAUCUGUGAGGAUCCAACUUUGGUUCUUCAUCAGUGAAACCAAAAACGGUAGAUAAACCAGGGCCAAACUAAAAUCAAUAGAUAGACAAAUUGACAAAUAUAGCUUACCUUAUUGAACUGAUCAUUCCUUACACUACCAAUACAUUUAUUGAUCUGUAUUGGUCAGUUAUUUUCAUGUUUUCCGUGUAUGGGCGCUAAAGAGUGUACAAGAAUAUCUUAGCCUUGUGCUAUUACCUCUGCUGAUAUUAGGUGCUGAUUCCUGAAGGUUUAACAGCUGUAACCAGCUCUGAGAAACAUUUAACCAUGUCAGGACACAUACCUGGACACAGCCUGGUUCUAGACUAUACCUACCCAUAAAUGCAGAUGCUUCAAUGAUAAGCGUUGUUAGGCCUAGGAUAGAAGAAGCCUGUGGGGACCACCAGACUGGCACGUGUACAUCACAUCCUCCUGUGCUGAAACGGAAGAGGCAGACGUCUCACCCAGUGAAGUCUGUCUGUUCUCUACCAAGCUGCUGUGUAGGGUCCAGCUAGUUCCUGUACACUGAACGAAAGCAUUUGAAUGUAUGGUGAUCCUAAUUUUCGAUAUGAAUCAUCUAGGUAUUAUUUCUUUUAAUCGUUUUUUCGAUUUGAAUCUCUCACGUAUGAAUAUAUUUGAAAUAUGCAUUGUAUUGUUUUCCUAGACCCAGACUAGGGGAAAGCACAGAGAUAAAUCUGAAACUAAAAGCACUCUAGUAGCUUAUUAAUAUUUAUAGAAUUACUAACCAGAGGAGGAUGCCCUAAAGACAGUCCUCAAAUGCUCAGUGAAACUGAUGAAAGAAUACAAAUAUAACGAAAUAAAACAUAUAAAUAGAACUGUAUGACAAGGUCAGUACAGUGGGGAUAGUAUUACUAACAAACAUUCACUGGUGGGAAUACUGUCAUCUAAUUCUCUCCUUGUCAGAUGGUGCUGUCUAUUUUUUACACCCUCUAACAGCCAAACACAUUUUCAUGACAUUAUUUACAUGAAGUUUAACAAGGCUUUCGUCUGCUACACCAUUUUAUCUCCAAAUUAUUUGGGGGAUUAUAAAAAAUUGCCUACUCAGAAAAUUCGACCAACCCAGGAAAAUGUAGCUGAACCUGAAAAUUCACAGCCCAACUUUUUGGAUGUCUACUGUCAGUGCAUUAAGUCCAGGGAGUGGAUCAUUGUGUUGUCUUUCCAAAGACACGUGUGUGUGUAUGUUUGUCGUGAGUGUAGUCUGUUGUUGUGCCUUAAUGAAAGUCAUGGUGUUUUGUCAUUUCUCAAGUGCCUGUGUGACUAUGACACUAUCCUCUCCUCUCUAACGCUGUCCUUGUCUGUCUGCACUGGAAAGGAAAAGGUCAAAUGGACCCGGGCUAGCUCUCUGUUGUGAAGGUUCAUCACCGUCUGGCCACACUGGAUAAGAUGAAACUGAAAUGUCCUUUCUUAUAUGGCCAUGUAGUACAUUUACAUUUAGUCAUUUAGCAGACGCUCUUAUCCAGAGCGACUUACAGUAAGUACAGGGACAUUCCCCCGAGGCAAGUAGGGUGAAGUGCCUUGCCCAAGGACACAACGUCAGUUGGCAUGACCGGGAAUCGAACUGGCGACCUUCGGAUUACUAGCCCGACUCUCUCACCGCUCAGCCACCAGACUCCCCUAGUAGUAACGUGUUAAAACGGAACCGUACACACUACAGUACUGUCUGUUUGUGACUAAGCUCAUGUACCACUGCUUUGCUUUAACCAGACACUGUAGGAUGCCGAUUGGGUCGCUUGGUUUAACAGCUGCACCCACUGCACUUAUGCUGAGAAUGCAUUCAUUACGUUUAAACGAUGGGGUGGAGCCUGUAAUGAGCUCAUGUGACACUCAGCUUUCGAAUCAAAGUCCAGAGAUGCAAUCAGGGAAGUGACCCCACACAUAGCCCGAUUGACACCUACGUGGCAAGUGACCAAUCGGCCGCCUCGGCCAUUUGACACAGUCAAACCCACUGCAGUACACACAGAAGCAUGAGGACAGCCCUUGUUUUAGGGGCCCUUGUCUAAACGACCCCCCCCCCCCUCCCACCUUCAGUGAAGCUAGGUGUGACGUGACGUUGUGAUUGCUGUGCUGCUCUGCCUCUCUCUCUGUGGUCGCCACACAGGCGAACCUCGCUCUCUCCCGCUGCCUGGCUUCGAUGUUUCCGCGUUAGAAAUAGCACGCCUCCAGUCCUGCUCCUCCACCUCUCUCCAGUCUCCUGCCCUCCCAGCACCGGUGGAAGCUGGGUUUCAGAACGUGGUUCACCGCUGGUAUCACCGAAGGGACAGGAGUGGGGCUGUGUGUUGUGAAAUAUGAUAAGAGGGUUGUAACAAUCAUGUGACGUGGCUCAUAUCUGUCUCGUUGGAGCUACAGUGCCCCGAACGGCAACACACGCAACUGAGCAGGACAGAAUCUCUGCUCGUUCCAGAACACCUGAUCGUUCCAAAUGCAGGGUUUGUCAGUUCCAGACACAGUACAGUAUUCUAUCUAAAGGGAUUCAGAUAACCUGAUUACUUCCUGUUUACUCUAAGAUCCUCAUCAGAUUCCUUCAUCCUCAUCAGAUUCCUUCAUUAUCAGGCUCUAGACUGUUCUGUAUUUUCCUUUAGCUGUGUGUACGAGUAAUCCUACCUAAUUGCCCGGUGAUUGCGUUUUUUCUUGUCUUUGUAUGAUUCCACUACCAAACUGGUGAUAUAAAAAAAAAUGGAGUUAACCUAA